ACAAGGUUCGAGAUCGCAGUCCCAUUUUCCUUUUGUCUUCUUUUUGUUCCUGUUGUGCCCAGUUAUUCCGAUCUCGAGAUAUACCCGGCAUUUGACUCUUUAGCUCGUCGGUAUUGCCAAAUCCACUGCUCAAAAGCCGGGCUAGCUGCAGCCUUUAAUGGAACGUUGAUCAUUCGGACUCUUCCCCCCUUCACCUCCUAAGUUUUUUCAUUCUUUUCUUCCGCAAAUGCGGCUUCUCGCGCCGUUAGACCAUGACAGUUCCGCCAACGAAUAGCACCAACAAUAUCAAUGGCUCGCUGGCCCGAAUGUCUACCUCUGAUACUUUUAUCCCGACCUCAGUCAAUGCUGCUGAGCUACUUGCCCACGGGGAACCUUUCAUUGAAUUCCCCCGAUAUUCCAUACUCGAUAUAAAGAAGGAGGCCGCCUUCGCAUAUGAACAGCCGGACGAAAAGGGCGCACCAUCUCAACCGGAUGCGCCAGGGAAGAAUACUGGGCAGCUAGGGAAAGAUACUACAGACUAUUUUUCUGGCUGGCUUUCAGCAAGAUUGCAAGACGGCAAGCCGUUCGUGAUACAAGAUUUUAAUAAACUACCUGAAUGGAAUAAGAGGCUGUUCUCCCUUGAAGGCUUAAUUGAACAUUCUACAAAGAAAAAUAUUCCUAUUCGGAACUGCAGCACGAACAGAGAUCUCAGCUUUACCCUCAAGAAAUUCGCCGAUGCAUCUCGACAGUCUUACCGGGAGUUUAAAAACCUCUACGCUCGAGACCUGCGUUGUCCAGAUUCCUGGUUGGAGCAAUGUAGGAGAUUACUCCCUCCUGAGGUUCAAUGGGGUGGCAGGCUGGACCUGUUCCAAUGGCUGCCGUCAUGCGCCCGCAGUGAGGUGAUGAUGGCCUACGUUGGCUCCGAAGGCUCCUCAUCUGGCUUCCACCGAUGCUUUUCCUCGACAGUCGCUUUGAAUUUGCUGGUUGACCAUGGUGAUCGGCCGGUUCUCUGCUUUGGGACUGAUUUCAGCUCGCAACAAAAAUACGACAACUUCAUGGCGGCUCGUGGUGCGUCACCCCACGUCGACUGGCUGAAUCUGGGACCAGAGGAUCUUAAGAAAGCAAAUUUUCCUGUCUACAUCUGCGAACAAUGGCCCGGAGACCUUGCUGUCUUUCCUCCUGCAACAGCACACCAGGUUUGGAAUCUUGGAAAAGUUUCAACGAAAGUGGUGUGGAACAUCUUACAUCCUCUAUCCCUGGAUGCCGGCCUACACUAUGUCCAGCCUCCUUUCAACCGUCUGUGCCAUCCAGAUGUCGCUCGAUCGAAUCUCUCACUGGCCUGCGCCAUGCUGAGUCUGCUUCGUGAUGAUCAACAUGCAAUUAUUCCUCCAGAUCUACCCCUUCUAACAAGACUCUUCAAUCAAAUGGCAAAGGAUGAGACAAUCGACGGCGGUCCUGCGACAGCAGUCACACUCGUCCCUAUACCAGAGACAGCCAUAGCAACCUGCAAUUUUUGUGGUACCGCUAUCUGGAACCGACAUCUACGCUGCAACCAAUGUCAGGACUUUGACCUCUGUCUCAUGUGUUAUCUGAGCGGUCGCAGCUGUGAGCACCCUUCAAGCUAUUCAUGGGCUGAGAUUGUUCCGCAAGAUAUAUGCUCGCGUGUUGUACAAAGAGCAGAAUCUAUACUUGGAUACAACAUAAGCCAAUCCUCUGAAGGAUCCCGUAUUCCGGAUCAACGCAAAACCUUAGGUACGGCGGUAAACGAAUUGAUGCUUGCUAGACAGAGCAUGGCAGUGAAACUGUGCCACCUUUGUCGGAGUGAUCAUCUUGAAUGGAAAGGCAGACGCUGCGAUAAGUGUUCAGCCUUCUUUUGCUACCGGGGACUGUACCGUCACUUUGAUAUGGCAUCCGCAGAUGUUAUGCGCCACCCCGGACUAUGGAUAUGUCCAAAAUGCUUGGAGAGCUGUAACUGUCGAUGCUGCCAUUUCGUUUCCCCUUACGUCAAAGCUGAAAAGCCCGCGUCAAAACGCAGAGUUCGGCCUGGAGAUCCGCGGGGGAAAAAUAUGGGGUUUACAGACAAUGUGUUUGACCAAAAAAAGCGAAAUACGCCAGCCCUUCCUGCAUCACCUGCGUUCACAUCGCCACCCGCCGUCAGACAUCCCAAACGGCCCCUCUCAUCAUGCUCGACAGUUCAGCCAUCUCCCAUAUCCGCCCCGCCCCGCCGAGCUACUGCUUCUGCCAUCACACUUCCUGCACUCUCAACCCCUGAAUUAGCCGAUUUAUCUCUCCUUCAUGGACGACGGGACUCUACCAUCGAGGCAGUUUCAGAGGGCCCAUCUCUUGACCGAUUUAAGAUGAGAAGAACAUCCGUUGUUUCUCGAGAUACCACCCCAAAGCCCUGCUCUGAUAUACCUCCUGGCAAGACCCUUCUUGGGAUUAACUACAUAACGCAGACGGCUUCAACCAGUGACGACCAACUAUCUCUCCCCCCUCUCAAGGGUGGUGGUUCCUACUCCAGCGGGUCUCUAAGUAUGACCUCACCCUCUACCAUGUCCCGCAAGUCGAUGUCAAAUGAUGGUGGAAUGUCCACUCUAGCUACUAUUGCAAGGACUAGGGAAAUAGAGCCCGCCUCGCUCCCAACCACAUCAACCUCAACUCCCCGUUCAGCGUCACUGACAUUACCAUCAAACCCGAACGCGUUAGCCACGAACACUAUCCCCGCACUAGAGACACAGCUUACUCGCCUCCGCCAGUACUCUGAAGAAGUUCUUUCACUCUCCCUGUACGACUCUCACAGGCUUCUCCAGGAUGAGAUACAGCGACUAGAGGGUACUUUAUUACUAGCUAAAAAGGACCGAAGUGAACGGGUCCUUCGCAACUUGGAAGUAGAAUUCCCAACACUGAGAAAUAUCCACGAAGGUCUCAAACGAGAGGCCGCACGACUCGGUUACUUUUAA